GGCGACGACAAAAGGCACUAGCCGCAGCAUGCCUCUCUAGGCCCGCAGUGCGAAACACAUGGCGACAUGCACGUCCACGCCCUCAUGGGAUUAAGUUGGCUUGGCUUACGCCGGCGCCCACGAGGCAUCCCUGCAGCGAGCGGAGUCGUCCUCAGCCUGCCGCCCCCUGUCCGCCGUGAGACGUGCCGACCACUACGCCGCACACCGACAAGGUGGACCAUCCGUGGGCCUGGGAGCUACGACGAAAGGACUGGUCUACAUUCCCGACUGUGGCAGAGGGGCUUCCUACUAUCUGCUAUGCAGCGAAGCAGAAAAAAGCUUGCUGCAUCAUGGCGGCGGCGGCGGCGGCGGCAGCGGGACACCACAUCCCCCCAUAUCGUAUUCACCCAGCACCAUGUCUCGUUCCGUCACAGCAGCCACUACGCACACGCCAGACAAAGCACCCAAUGCGGCCUUCUUUGUUGCACGUCUGCGUCUGCGUCUGCGCGCAACAGCGGUACGCCCAAUGACACACCUGCUGCCAUCGUCUGCCCGUGCUCCCUGUGCUCUGUUGGGAAGACCAUGGCUCUCCAAAUAGGCCCCAGGGCCGUCGGCACAUGCUACAGCAGCGCUCAAGACAGAAAAGCGUCGUUGCGCGCGCACAACAGCCUCUUACACCUCAGCAACACACCCAGGUUUCGCAUGCUGCACCGCCGUUUGGCUCAACGCUCCCCCAGCGCCCGUUUUGGCGUAACGUCUGGUGGCGAGCGAGCGAUCCCAUCCAUUCCACACGCUGCUGGCCCACGAACUGGUUACGCUGCCUGCACGAUCGAGGGCCUAAGCCGACACCUGCCAAUCGCGACACCACCACUCCCUUGUCGUGCAACACGUCGACGACGUUGAGAGGCCCGGAGCUUUUUGCUCGUGUUGCCGCAAGAACGUGGAAUGCACGUUGCACCCUUGCUUCACACAAACGCCAAACUUGGUCGUCAGCUUUCCCCCCGACCUGCAGCUUGCACCACGCUGACAAAAGCAUUCUUGUCCUGGCUCCAUUUUCUCACCACAUC